AUGAGCCACCCCCCAGAAGCAUCCAAUCGAGCGUCCACACUUGCCUGCUUUGCAUCAUAUCCUCAAAAAGAAGAACAUAGGGUUUGAAGUGAUUGUCGUGUGUUUCUAAAUUUUAGUUUCAUUUGUGACCAGAAAGUGAGAGCUCGAGCCGCAGUGGUCUGACUUUGGGUCUGGCUGUGAUGAAGUGGAAUAUUUGUUGAAGAUGGCAGAAGAAGAGCUGAAUUAUGUGACAGUCAAGUUCAAGUCUCACAACAGGCCCAGUGAUGCAGUUAUCUAUGAAGACGUGAGGGGCAGCUUGGAGACGUGGGGACCACAUCUCAACGUACAAGAGAAGCACAGCGACUUUGAGAAGAUCUACGACGACGUGUGGACAAAGGAGAAGGCGUCCGGUUCACGUCACAACUGUCAUGGUACUUUGGAGAAGACCAACUCAAACAAUUUGGGGAAGGUUUCCCUUCACACGUCCAUCAAGAUGGCAUCAGCAGGCCUGGGCAUCAUCUGCGUCAUCCUCAUGUCCGUCAUCAUCACCCUCGCCCUCCACAUAAACGACGUCGUGGCAGAGCGGCGGCGAGAGAACGCCAACCUGACCGAUGAGAACCAGCAGCUGUUGGCCCAGGUCUCCCAGCUGCGGGGGCGAGUGCAGGAGCUGGCCAGAGAGCGUGACAGCCUCAACUGGACCAUGGGAGUCAUCUUAAAGUAUGACAGUUUCCCAGUGAAAAAACACUGCUCGGAAAAAGUUUUAACGUUGUGUGAGCCCUGCAUACAAGGAUGGCUGCUGUUCCGCUCCAAGUGUUACCACUUCCUCAACACACCAUAUUACCAAGGUUGGAAAACUUGGAAGGGAAGUGUUGAAGCCUGCAGGGAAAUGGAUGCAGACCUGUUGGGGAUUGACUCCCAGGAAGAACAGGAGUUCGUCACAAAUCACACAAAGUUUUACAACGACAACAGGCACGGUUACUGGAUGGGCCUAAGGAAGGACGACAACACGGACCAAUGGGUGUGGCGCAAUGGAGGAAACCUCACGAUGACGUUCUGGAGAACGCAAUACUACAGCAGAACCAAUUGUGCGUUGAUUCUGCCGUCCGAUUCGCUGGCUAACUGGAGCAAAGAGAGCUGCGAGAUGAAGAACCGUUACGUUUGCCAAACGAGCGCCUUGUUCAAACCAGAUUUGGAAUAAAUACAUCUUGGAAGGCAGUAGGCGAUUAGCCCGCAAGUAGUUUACUAGAAUACCAAAGUAUCUAAUUGUAGCUCGGUCUCCACUGUGUGACGUCGUGGAUAAAAUCUAAAACCCCUACAAAUAUUCAAACUGACAACCUAGUUGCAUAUUUAUUAUUAUAAAGGUGUUAAACUGCAUCAAAUGAGUUGAAUUCUCUUCUGGUCAGUUCAAAAGGUUGUUGCACAACAUGGAAAAUAAAUGAAGGUGUGUUGCAACAGCUGUGCACGUCGUCAUCAACGAUCGACAUUUAACCUUUUAUAUCCCAAUUGUAAUUCAGCCCAAGAUGUAGUGUUUCGUAGCAAUUCAUCAUUUCCAUUAACAGCGUUAGUAAAACGAAAGAAUCUUGCGUUUUUCAGGGAUUCUUGCAGUUUCCUACUUCCUCUAUUUCAUGGUUGUGUACUGUGUAGACGUACUUUCCGAGAAGUUGGAAGUUGUGUAAUCCUUGAUAUGUAGUCAGUUGUGCAAUCUUUUUUUUCCAGCAGCAGGGGGGCCGUGCCUUAGUUAAAUCAAUUUUAGAUGGAAAAUACUUUUUUUUUUACUUACAGUAAUUUAUUUGUGGUGGCCCGCCACAAAUACAUUUGGCACUGCUGUUUGCCUUUGCUUGUAACUUAGCGAUGAGUAAGCUCAAAGUAGUGUGACUUCAAUUUUGUGCUUCAAUAACUUUUUCACAAAAAUUCUCAGCUUUUUUUUUUACACUGAAUUUAUGUAACUGAAUUUUUUGCGUUUCAAUUUUGUGAACUGCCUGCGACUCCAAGAGGGACAAGCGGUAGAAAAUGGAUGGAUGUAUUGUGAACUGAAUUUCUUUUACAUGAAAUUAUGCUGACAAUUUCAUUGAAAAAAAAUCCAGUGUGUAAAAAAAUUCAGUGUAUAAAAACUUUGUGUGUAAAAAUUUAGUGUAAAACAAUUCAGACAAGCGGUAGAAAAUGGAUGGAUGGAUGGCAAUUCAGUGUAUUACAACUCAGCUUAUAAAAGUUCAGUGCUGAAAAAUGUACUGCUUUAAGAAGCAAGACUUCUGAUAAAUUAAGUCAAUCCUGUCUCAGAAGCAGCCAAUGAUGUGUCAGGUUU